AUGUAUCAACUUGGCUCUUGCUGGCAUUUCAGCUGGUUCUUGGGGUCUCUCAUCUGGUGUUCAGCUGGUUUACUACUUUAUGGGAUUUCAUUGAUGAUGGCUACUAUUGUUAUUAGGAUUCUGAAGCUGGGAAUUCUUGGUUCCGUUCAGUUGAAUUUUGCUUUUUUCAUCUGGGCUUAUGUCCCUUUGCGUCUCCAACAGGUUCAUUGCUUUUGGGGUGCUAUUAAGGUGGAUGUAGGUCUUGUUGCUGUUGAGAUACUGGGCAAUGUUGACUUUGGAUAA